AUGCCUACAAGGGUCACAUCUCGCUUACAAGGACGUCUUGACAGUAGCAGUGAUAGCCUAGAUAGAAAUCUUGUGCACGCCUCCUCGUCAGAAGUGGUGGGCUCCCAGCAGCGUCAAGCAGUACCGGUAGCGGCUGCAUCAGCAGCAGCUUCUUUUGAUGUGGUUGCACAGGAAGAAGAGCUUAAAGAUGUGGCUCUCGCUGUCAUUGCUAACAAGCAGGAUCUCCCGCGUGCACUCAACGAGGGGGAGAUUUCAAUGGCUUUGGGGCUGCCCACUCUGCGGGACAGACGGUGGUCAGUUUUCAGUGCGUCAGCCGUGAAAGGCGAGGGUCUGUCGGCAGCCAUGGACUGGCUGGCUGAUGUACUGUCCUGA